ACUGACUAUAUCUACUUCUGUGAUUUCAUCGUAGGUUCCUAUAAAUUUUUUUCCCCAAAUGAGACGUGUCUUACUGAACUUGCUGCUGAUUCGAAAAUUUAAAAAAUGUUUCAUAUGGAUCCAGAUUUAUUGGUUACGAUACCUAAUGGUAAAUUACGAGGGAUAAAAUCAUGUUCCACGUACUCAGGAAAAGAGUAUUUUAAAUUCUGUGGAAUUCCAUACGCUCAACCACCCAUUGAUGCAUUACGUUUUCAGCCUCCUCAGCCAGCAAACAGAUGGUCAGGUAUACUCAAUGCAACAAAAGAAAGAGAUGAUUGCGUACAAUUCUCAAUGUUUGCCAAUAAUAUUAUUGGAUCAGAAGAUUGCUUGUACUUGAACGUUUAUUCUCCAGAAAUUCCUCGAAAAAUUUCCACCCCUAAAGCAGUAAUAGUGCAAAUCCAUCAAGGUGGACAUUAUUGGGGAAGUUCAUCAAUUUGGAGUUUUGGAAACCCAGAUUUUUUCAUCGAUCAAAACGUCAUCUACGUAUCAUUUAAUUAUCGUUUGCAUAUACUAGGAUUUCUGAAUUUAAACUUACCUCAAUGCGCUGGAAAUAUGGGCUUAAAAGAUCAAAGUUUGGCAUUGAGAUGGGUGAAAGAAAAUAUUUCAUACUUUGGUGGCGAUCCCAACAAUAUUACACUGUAUGGAAACAGUUCAGGUGCUAGUGAUGUUCAUUUACACAUGAUGUCAUCCAUGUCUAAAGAUUUAUUCCAUAAAGCCAUUUUGCAAGACGGAUACGCAUUGAAUUCGGUUUGGAGUUUUCAAAAUAACGAUAUUGAGAGAUCAUUUAGACUAGCACGUUUGAUGGGUUUCAAUGGGACGAGUACAGUGGGACUUUUGAGGUUUAUGAAAAGACAACAACCCAGGUCACUGUUAGAAGCAUGGAUGGAUUUGAGAAAAGAAUUACAAAAAGAAGAUGCUGGUAAAACUGAAAUUUGUAUAUAUCAACCUACAAUUGAAAUAUUUGAAGAAGGAGCUUUCUUGAGCAAAUCACCCAGGCAAUUGAUUGAAUCUGUGGAUCCAAAACCACUCAUGUGCAGUGUGACUGCAGAUGAAGGUCUCGUGGCUUUUUUGGCUGAUCCAGUCUCACUAAUUAAUUUACAAUUUCCCAGCUUGGUCAGAGGUAAUAUGUGGAUGUAUAAUAUGGACGAGGACAUGAUACAAUAUGUUUGUCAAGAGUUGCGAUCAUAUUAUUAUGACAAUAAGCCAGUAGAUGAAACCUCGCUGAGGCAAAUCAUAGAUAUGUAUACUGAUAUGUGGUACUGUGAAUGGAACGAAUGGUUGAAUAAGAUAUCAUCAAACAGUACCACAAAAGCGCCUGUAUUUGUGUAUUAUUUUGAUUAUGGUGGAGAUCUCAAUUUGCAGCAUAAACAUUUCGUGAAAUAUUUAGGUGAACAACAGAGCUCACUCAAGACACGAGCUACUCAUGGAGAUGAUAGUUCAUAUUUCUCAUUAUUCUUGGUGGGGAAAAACAAAUGCACUAAUCCAAAGAUAUCUGACCCUGAUAGAAAAGUUAUCAACUACAUGACUCACAUGAUAACUAAUUUCGCAAAAAAUAGUGAUCCUAAUGGAGAAGAAUUAGAUAAUAUCAAAUGGAUUCCUUUUAAUGCUGAUGAUCCUUCAUAUUUAUUGAUGGAUGGAAACAUAAAAAUCGUGCAAGGCAGAGUGUUUGAAGAACGCUAUCAAUUUUGGUCUAAUUUAAUGAGGCAUAUUAAAACAGGGGAAACUAAAUUGGAAAAACAUAACCGAUUACAAACACAAUUACUUGAUGAAUCAUGUUGAGAUUUCAAAAGUACUGCCUAAUGAUUUUAUUGCCUACUUCUCUUGUGCUUUAUUUAGUCAUGAAUGUCAUGAUGAUAUUACCUAUGUGCUUUUAUCGAUUUAUUAAAAUGAUUUAUGCCAUGGAA